AGAAGACAAGUGCACUGCAAGUGAGAAGAGCACAGCGUUCGUCCAUAUUUUUCGCAAGUACAGCGAAGUCGGUUUGAAAGUCGUGGUUUCUGACCGGGCGUUCUUUAUUUCCACAUUAAUUCUGUACGUUCUCCUGUGUUCUUUCCGUUUCCGGUUGGUUCGGUCAGUUUGGACAAGCUGAUUGCUGAUUCGUGCCGUCUGUGGGUCGACUGUAGGCUGCACGAAAUAUAUAUCUUUUAUUCCAAGGAUUUAGUAGGCGUUUGGUGCUUCUUAACUAUAUACUUUGAGAAAUAUGUCUGCCGAGAAAGAGGUCGAAGCCGUUGUGGGCGUCGAAGGAGAUGAACAUGACACCAACUACCAACCUCCACCACAGAAAACAAUCGAGGAAAUCAUGGCUGCCGAUGCGGAUGAUGAAAGUUUACGGAAGUACAAGGAAGCAUUGCUGGGCGAGGCACAGUCAGAGAAAAUUGUUUUUGAUGACUCCGACCAACGUAAGGUCAUUGUGAAAAAGCUUUCACUGUUGGUAGUCGAUCGUGACCCGAUGGAGCUUGACUUGUCAGGGGAUAUAUCCAAGUUGAAGAAGAAUGUAUUUGUAAUCAAGGAAGGCAUCCAAUAUAAGAUUCGGAUCGAUUUUGUGGUGCAGAGAGAGAUUGUUCACGGACUGAAAUAUGUACAGAAAACCUACAGAAUGGGAGUUCCCGUGGACAAAAUGACCCAGAUGGUCGGCUCUUACCCGCCAAAAAAGGAAAUCCAAAGCUACACCACUCCGUUCGAGGAGGCCCCAUCCGGGUUGAUGGCCCGCGGGACGUACUCGGUUGCUUCGCUGUUCACCGACGACGACAAGAACGAGCACCUCAAGUGGGAUUGGAGUUUCGAGAUCAAAAAAGACUGGCAGUAAACCAUUUAUUACAAAACAGUAAGUACGAUGUAAAAAAGCUGCGUUGGAAACUACUUUAUACAUAUUAUAUACAGAGCUGAUAAUGGAGGGAAAGAGCAGUCACUUUAGUAAGCGAAGAAAUCUUUACGUAUACUUUGCAGCAGGUGUGAGUGUUUAACAGUACAGAAAGAUGACAGGAAACAAAAAAAAAUAAUGAAAGUCUUCGUAAAAGAAUUUUAUCGCUUCAAAAAUUGUAGCCAUUUGUUUUCUUUUUAAGUUUCAAACCCAGGAUAUGACAUAAAACCCUCAAGAAAAACAAACAAAACCCAAUUGUGUAAUUAAGAAAAACCUGGCUGUUCGGAGAUGUUCUAUAUGUUGCACUGAGUUAUUCGGUGAAAAAUAAUUCACACAUAUUACGUAUGGAUCAUUGAAAUUAACGCUUUUGUAGCAAAUCGUGACGGUAUUGAAACUAUGGUAUUAGCAUUUCGCUGUAUUGAGCGUUAACACACACUUGGCGGGUUUCGUGUAUAAAAGUUAUUUUUCCUCCGACCAGAGCCGACUGACUUUCUAGCCGUUAGAGAAACAGAUAUACUACACUUUCGUUGCUUACUUCCGUUUGUAUGUAUUAUUAAGCUGCAUGAUUGUUUUGCAAAAAAAAACGUGCUUCAAAAAGCAAUAAAAAUCGCGAAACACUAUUAUUGAAAUAAAACAAAGUGUAUAUCCAAAAGUGCUACCUUUUUAUAUAAGAUUAAGGGUUUGGCUUUAAGCGAACAAUAACAUCCUUGUAGAAAAGUCCAAGGCAUCAUCAGCGUGGACGUAUAGUCAGAACCAAUAGCAUAAUCUUUUAACAAUAUGCAAGAACAAAUGUAUUAGUAUGGAGCGUGAGGAAAAAAGCGUAUAAGAACAAGUUUAAAACCAGUGAAAAUUUGGCUUUUGCAAAUAAACCGAUUAGAAUGCGUCAAAUUUAAGCAACGCCAAGCGAAAGCAUAGCGUCUGGUGGCCAGGAUUUGCAUUUAUGACAACCAAAAGUUUAAUUUAUGUCCAUCGGUGUGAACUAUUCGGUUAUAUAAUUUGGUCACGAGCCUGGCAAACUGCUUCGAGUCGCAUAGUAAAAGAGCAUUUAAUGGUUCCGCAAAUCAAUGUUG